AUGUCGUUCGUGAUUCACGUCGCCCUGCUGAGCGGCCGGCAGACAUCCCUGACGGCACUCACUGCCGAGACUACUGUCCAGGAGCUGAAGCAGAGAGCACAGCAGGCGCUCCAUGUCACCAUCGCCAGCCUCAGCGGAACAGGAGGUUUGCUGCAACCGCUGCUGACACUCUCAGAAGCGGGCGUUUGCAGCGGCGACACUCUGCACGCCAUCUGCUGUCUCGCCACGAUGGCCUCGAGCCGUCGCUCAUGUGCCUUUGCCUUGAUCCGUGACGGCUCCGUAGUGACAUGGGGUGGGAGCAGAGACUGGUGCAGCAGCACCCUAAAAGAGCAGCUGAAGGAGGUUGUUGAGGUCCGAGCGAACAUGGCCGCCUUUGCAGCUCUUCGCUGUGACGGUUCUGUGGUUUGUUGGGGGAGCAAGGCCUCAGGAGGGGAUGCCAGCGCCGUGCAGCACAAGCUCCGGAACGUCCGUCAGAUCCGUGCAACUGCACACGCCUUCGCUGCUCUUCUAGCUGAUGGCAGCGUCGUCACCUGGGGUGAUGGUGGAAAUGGAGGAGACAGCCGCAAGGUCGAGGAUCGACUUGCGGGCGUUCGCUCUAUCCGCGGCUCCUCCUCUGCUUUUGCGGCGCUCUGCGCGGACGGCCAAGUGGUAACAUGGGGCAACGCAAGGCAAGGUGGCGACAGCAAAAAAGUUCAGGAUGAGUUGAGGGACGUGGUCCAGAUUCGCGCCACCUUCGGGGCCUUUGCGGCCCUCCGCGGGGAUGGCCGAGUGGUCGCAUGGGGAAGUCAUCUUCACGGUGGCUCUGUCCCAUUGCCCUCAGUGUCCAGCUCCCGCUUGGCCUUAUGUGACGUAAGGCAGCUGCGUGGCUCGGACUUCGCCUUCGCGGCCCUCCGGAAGGAUGGGCGGGUCGUGGCCUGGGGCAGUCCGUCGCACGGCGGUGAAACAGGACGUGUUCAGGACCAACUCAUGGACGUGCGGCAGAUUCGCUCGUCGCUUGGUGCCUUUGCGGCCCUGCGCGCAGACGGGACAGUGGUAUCCUGGGGCCAUGCGCACUAUGGUGGCGACAGCUCUGCAGCACAAGGACAGCUGCGGGAGGUUCGCCUUCUUCGGCCUUCCGGUUUCGCCUUUGCAGCCUUGCGUGCUGAUGGCAGUGUGGUCACUUGGGGCAACCGAGCACAUGGUGGUGACAGCCGAGCAGUUCAGCCGCAGUUGACGGGCGUCGUUGAGAUUCGUGGAUCGAGCUCUGCAUUCGCAGCGAUGUGCGAGGACGGUCGCCUUGUCACAUGGGGCAAUCAAGCCACCGGGGGUGACAGCAGCGCUGUACAGAAGGAGCUGGCUGAGAGAAGUGCAGAUACGUGA